GCAGAGCAGGGCAGGGGCAGGGCCAGGCACUGAAGCGAGGCCACAGCCCGGAGGGAACCAGUUCCUUGGUGGCCUUUGGGUGGCUCAGACAGCUCCCUGCCUCACCCGCCAUGGUCCUCCCUCUGCCCUGGCUCUCCCGAUGUUGCUGCCGUGGUCUCCUGCCAUUCUGGCCCCCAGUACUCCAGGGUACCUGGAGGUGCUGCUCCCAGGGUUCCAAGGCAAACAGAGAAGAGACUAGCUCCGACGGCCUUGGGAAGAUGUCACCCUCCAGGGAGCCCGAGCCCCGCCCCACAGCUGAGCUGACCCAAGCUGAGGAAUUGCUGGAGCAGCAGCUGGAGCUGUACCAGGCCCUGCUGGAUGGGCAAGAGGGGGCCUGGGAAGCUCAGGCCCUGGUGCUCAAGAUCCAGAAGCUGAAGGAACAGAUGAGAAGACACAGAGAGAGCCUGGGAGAAGAUGCCCAAGCUUCCCACUAGUUCCAACUUCAACACUCUCCAAUACUGGAAACACUGUGCCCACCCCCUCCAGCCCUUCAAUCAAACAUCCCAGCCUCUCCUAGUCCACUAAGAAAACCGAAUAAACCACUACAAAGGGCCAGAAGUUGGAAGAUAGGGAGGAAGAACCGUGGUACAGCCUUUUAAUCACACACCCCAUUUGCCCCCUCCCACUGACCUUGGCCCAAAAGCAGAGUAUACUGUCCCUGCAGGAAUUUACUUUGGAUUGUGCCCUAAAACAAUCUCACCCCAAAUCCAAUAAAGGGACGGAGCGCUUACAGAUACCACA